UUUCUUUGUUUUCCGUGUCGGAGAAUUCCUUCUUUCCGUCGGUGGGGAGCGUCGGGUUCACGCUCACGGGGUGAAUGGACGUUGUUGAGAGAGAGUCGGUUGGCGGAAAUUCGAAAGUUUCUGAAAGCGCUUCUUUUGGAUGGGGGCGGAGGCCGCGGUGUUGGGCCCCAAGACGGGUUGGGGCACGUGGGAGGAGCUUAUCCUUGGAGGCGCUGUUUUGAGGCACGGCACUCGAGACUGGAACGUCGUCGCUUCGGAGCUUCAAGCCCGUACCCUUUAUCCCCAUUCUUUCACCCCCGAGGUUUGUAAAGCCAAGUAUGAGGACUUGCUGAGGCGUUAUUGUGGCUCCACGGCUUGGUUUGAAGAGCUGAGAAAACGACGAGUGGCAGAGCUAAAGAGAGAACUGGCAAGAUCUGAAGAUUCAAUAGGGUCACUGGAGUCAAAAAUUAAAUCUCUGGAGGCAGAGAAACAAAGUUCCAAUCAUGCAGAUUAUGGUUCAAGCCAGACUGAAUCACCUUUACCUGCAUUAAACUCAGAUGGCACCGAGUCCUCCGGCAAAGAGGUAUCGAAGGAUGAAUACUCUGCUGGAAGCUUCACCAAAGACACCAGGACAAGGACAAGUUGGUUAUGCGAACGCCAUCCUCAAGAGAUGGAGACAGAUACAAAGCCUGAUGUGUCAGUUUCUUCUGAGCAGGAUAAAGAUUUAAGCAUCGGGAAGGUGGUUGGAGUGGGUUAUGGGCAAGGAGUGACUAUUAGGAAGAGACGAGGUCAGAGAAAGAGGAAGGAUUGUAAUCGGGCUGUUAAAGAAGCUAGUGUGGGUGAGAGCGACAACUUAGGUUCGUAUAACAUCACCUCUACUACACAGAAGGAAGCAUCCACCACUGAUUGUGCUCAGACAAUUAGAGACUCUUGCAUCAACAAUCGCAAUGGAGGUUCACACACUGUCAAGAGACACAACUUGAUGGAGAUAUUCCAAUCUGUUGCACGGAGCGAACCAGCAGCAGUCUUCAGACAUCGGAUGGACAGCCAGAAACGAGCGAGAUACAGGAAGGUUAUAAAGCAGCACCUGGAUAUUGGCACGAUAAGAUCAAGAAUAAUGGGGCAAUCCAUCAAAUCAGCAAAAGAACUCUUCCGCGAUCUGCUUUUGCUGGCAAACAAUGCCCUAGUCUUUUACUCGAGACGAACACGAGAGUACAAAUCAGCACUCUGUCUCAGGCAAUUGGUCAUGAAAGAGUACAAGCAGCAGUGCAGGGGUUCUUGCCAAGAAGCUACAUCAGCAUUUCUUCCAUUUAAUCCUCCGGUGAAGCCACGGAGCGCCCGCGCUCGCCCACGCCCCCGCCCUCCAUCAUGUAAAGAGAAGGUGGCGUCAGAGAAAUUGUUGCCCAAUGCUGAGAAAGUAGUUCCUCCCAGUAAUCCCAAGACAUCAGAAAAACCAUGCACGGAUAAAAAUGUAUCACUGAAAUCCUUGUUGAAGCCUAAGAAAGGAAUGAAGCGGCCGGGAAAAGGUAAACCUGAAUUGGCUGAUACACGACCCAAAACUUCUCCUGUAAAACAAAGAAAAAGAGUUAGAAAGUAAUGCAUUUUUAUCAACAUCGUCACCAACUCUGUGCAUAAAAGCAUGCUUGUAUAAAAAGAAUUCCCUAGGGUUCACACAUUAUGCGCCCUGUAGAGUUUACUGUCUAUAAUGCAACUUCCAUGCAAUUCUUGAUAUUCUAAUAAAGUGACCAUAAAAGCA